AUGCUUCAUCAAGGGCACUUGAAAGAGCUGAUGAGCGAUCAAGGGAGGGCCAACUUCACCCGCGGACGUGAACAGCACCAGAGACCACCCAAACUACCCUCCCCGGCUCAAACCAUUCAAAUGAUCAUCGGAGGGGGUAACGAUGUGUCAAUCAACAGCAUGAAGUUCACCACCACCCACAAACUCAAACGGUCGAUCACUCAUGAACAGUAUGACAAACUCGAAGAAAGUAUCAUCUUCGAUAAGUCGGAUACCCACUGUUUGGUUUUUCCUCACUAUGAUGCCCUUCCCAUUACUUUACGCAUCUUAGAUACUUAUGUAAAAUGUAUUAUGGUCAUUGACGGGAGCGGCGCGUGCAUCAUCCACCCUCGAGUCCUCACACAAAUGAAGCUCGAUAAUAGGAUAGUGCCAUACUACAUCACACUGACAGGUUUUAAUAAUGUAGUUGUGCGGACUUCCGGAGAAGUCACGCUACCCGUCCUGGCCGGCGGUGUCACUUUGGAGAUCACGUUCCACAUCAUGGACCAGGAUACAGUGUCGAGGUCGAGUGAGGAUGAGAAGGAUGUGAUCAAAGAUCCCGAAGUCGUAGAAGCCGCAGGAUCUACCAUAGAAGACCUCGACCCUGUCCAACUUGAUGAUAAAGACCACAGCAAGAAAGCUUUUAUCGGCCACAAGCUCAAAGAACUAGAUAAAUUCCGCCAGUUCUUAAAAAAUAAUGGAGACCUAUUUGCUUUUUCCCAUGCAGACAUGUCGGGCAUCCCAAAGCAGAUAGCAACACACAAACUAAAUGUCGACUCAUUCCACCCCCCAGUGCGGCAAGUUAGAAGAAAAUUUAAUGCCGCGAUAAAUGAUGUUGUCCAUGAGGAGGUGGAAAAAUUUCUUGAAAAUGGCUCCAUCAGAGAGUCAAAUUAUCCCCAAUGGGUUGCCUACAUGGUCAUGGUAAAAAAGAAAAAUGGGAAAUGGUGUAUGUGUGUAGACUUCACAGAUCCGAACAAAGCAUGCCUGAAACACUCGUUCCCACUUCCCCAUAUCGACCAACUCAUUGACGCAACCACCGGUCACAAGCUAUUAAGUUUCCUAGAUGCAUAUUCCGGUUACAACCAGAUCCUCAUAGAGGAAUAA